UCGGUCAUGCUGGUAAGUGGAAGCAUAGAUUAGACAUUAAUGACAUUAUUUUAUUAUAAUAUAAGUUGAACUGGGAACUAAAAAGUGAUGUUAAUAUUGAUUUAAAUCAAAUUUUAUUUACAGACUUGUUUAAAUUGUGGAGUUUUCUCAAAUAAUUAAACCUGUACUAAAUACUGAUCCGUUCUAGUUUAUUUGAACUUAACUAAUAGUUUAUGGUAAAGUUUAUUUAACAAAAAUAUGUCUAGUCUUGUGUCAUAACAAUAGAAAUGGAAUCAUUAUCAAAACAAGAGCUAAUAUCUACCAUAACAAAACAAGCUGAUCAGAUAAAACGAUACGAAUCACGUUUACGGGAUGUAGUCACAGCUUACAAGGGCUUGGUUAAAGAGAAAGAAGCAUUAGAGAUCAGCUUGAAGGCACUCAACAAGACUGAAAACACUAUAGAUGGAAGUGAAGAUGAUUCGGUCACAGCCCUCACUCUGUCUCUUUCUACCCUCACAGUGGAGAAAGCUCGCAUGGAAGAAGCUUUCCAGGCAGACAAAAAAGUUACAAGGGAUAAGUAUGAGAACAUGUUAGCGGCACUGAGAGAGGAGAAUAAAAUGCUAUCGCAGCAACAUUUGCUGGAGCUUAACAGUCUGAAAGCCAAGAUAGCCUACGAGAUACAAGAGAGGGAGAAGGAGAGAGCUGAUCAUGUUGCUAUGAUGAAAGAGUUGCAUUUGAAAUUGAACAGCGAAAGGAAGACGAAAGAGAAAUUAGAAGACCGAGUAGUUAAUUCAACUGAAGCUCAAGCGUCACAAGCCGAGCUAGAGAAGCGAGUUAGAGAUCUGAGCAGUUCCUUGGAGGCAGCCCAAAGGAGGCUGCAGCGUGCCGAAGCCCGGACUGUUGAGACUCCAGCCCAAUUAGUCAGGCUUCAGCAAAAAUUGGCGCUGAUCGAGCAAUCACAUUCAGUCGCUAUCAGAGAAGAACAAAUAAAAGCGAAAAGGGCUGAAGAAUCUGCCAGGAAGAUCUGUGCCCGUCAAGAAGAAAGAGUCGCGCUGCUAGAAGGAAAACUAGCUGAACUCUCAGAGACUAUAGGACAGUACGAUUUGAGGAGACGCCGCGACCAACAGCUGAUACAGCAACUUAGAGAUUCUAUAAAUGGGAGGCUGCUUGAGAAGAUCGCUCCGGCUACGAUUGAAGAAAACACUCCGGUCCAACUUAGCGAAACGGACAACGAGAAGUUGGCGGACAGCGAAUAUCUACAAACGUUAAUCGACAAAAUACACAUCCUGAAGAAGGAAUUGAUAUCGGAGAACGACAAGCAGGGCUCGCCCAUAGACGUCGCCGCCGUGUUCCAAAUCGAAGGGUUCGGUGACGUUCAUCUCAAGUGCAGGGAGGAUUACGAGAAGCUGCGUCUGGAGUUGGAGGAGGAGCGAGCACGUAGCUCCAGGGAGGGCGUCGAACCGCGACCCUCCUCGCCAGCUCUGCGCCACGACCUCGCGCUGCUCGCCGACCAGCUGCACACCUGCAAGCUGAUGCUGGACGAGGAGAAGCAAGACAAAAUCGACGCCCUGAGGAUCUGCGAGGAGAAAUUGAAAAAUGAAGAGGAAUACCACAGGGAGGUAACGACGGACCUGAAGAACAGGAUCCACGUCCUCGAGAAGCAGGUCGCGACGCAGAGGGAGAGGUACGCCGCGCUGCUGGACGAGACGGACAGCUACAUCCGCGGCAGGAACGAGCGGAAGGUCAGCAAUGAGGAACACAACGUGUUUGCUGAUGUGUCAGCGCCUCCCCACAUGUUGCAUUACGCCCACGAGCUCGCCCGGAAGGACCAGGACAUAUCGCAGCUCAGGAAGGACAAGCAUCUGCUCGAGGGCCAGUACAGAGACUGCCAACGAGACGCGACCAUAGAGAAAGAGCGCUUCAAAGAAGUCGUCAGAGCGCUGAAAGAGGAGAUUGACAGAUUAAGAAGAACGCAAUCCCGUGAAGGUGCAAAUUUAGAGUAUUUGAAGAACGUUGUGCUCGCUUACUUGAUGUCCACGGACUACGCCGGCAAGAGGCACAUGCUAAACGCUAUAGCCGCCGUGUUGCAUUUCACUAACGCCGAACGUCACUCCGUGCUGUCUACUUUGUAAAUUUGAGUGACCACUUAGGAUCGGACGGGCCGUCACACUGAAUACUUUAGAAGCGUCACUGUCGGUAUUCGUUUUAUCUUAUUUUUUAAAUCAACUUCGAGAAACUUCGACAAAUUGUAAUAGUCCUUUGGGAAUAGCCACCGGCUUCGCGCGACCCACUACGUGAGCCAUGUCGACGUCCUAGUCGUGUAUAAGAGAGAGUCCACAAUAAUUCAAAUUAGAAUCAUCAUCAGACAGCACCUAUAUCUGCCGCGAAGCAGUAAUGCGUAUAGGUUUUAUGGGUUUAAUAUAUCACUGAUCAAUUAGAGUCUCAGACCUCAUAUCUUGAUAGGGGGGCGGGCGGGCUUUCACUAAACACCUCAUUAACCAUGAGCUACCUUCGUUAAGCGUUCUGUAGAAUCUAAUAAAUAAUACAAACCCUAAAAAGUAUUAUAUAUCAGGUAAAUACAUUUUAAUUAAACAACACUAAUGCUAUGUAAUUUAUAUGUAUAUGUGUGUAUACAAGAAACAACUAGAAUUAUGAUACAAGUAUAAUUUAAGAGGAUAACAAGUGAUUCAUAAUUGGGUGGUGUGGUGUGCUACCGCAGCCCCACUCCGCCCCUGGGUGUCGCGAAGGGUCGCAGAUUUCGCUUCCUAUAUACCAGGGUACUACGAUCCCUAUCCGCGUAAUGCGACCCCCAUCCGGGUAAUGCGAUCCCCAGCCGGGUAAUGCGAUCCCCAGCCGGGUAAUGCGAUCCCCAGCCGGGUAAUGCGAUCCCCAGCCGGGUAAUGCGAUCCCCAGCCGGGUAAUGCGAUCCCCACCCGGUAGUCUAGACUACACUAUUGCCUUUAUUUUAAUUGAAAAUAAUUAGCAAGUAGUAUUCAUGGAAGAUGCACACCGCGGGAGCGAUCACCUUGUAGAAUUGAGUGAGAUUAAUAAGUAUUUCAUAUAUCUUAAACAUUAUUUGAUUAAAACAUAUAGUAGUGGAUAGUGUUGGGGUUGAACUUGAGUACCGUAUUCAUAGUUAACAUUCCAUUAAAACGGCUGUAUAAUAUAAAUUAAAAAUAAAUAAAAUAUUUUUCAUUAC